AUGUUUCCGAACUUAUUCGAUGGUGUGCGACAACAAAAUACACCUAUCAUUCUCAUGAUUACAAUGCGUUUGUGGCACUACAAUGGCGUUGAACUACUUCACUUUCAGAGAAUAUCUUCAUCUGGGAUUGAUGAAAUACAAAUAUAUCAAGAACAUUCAACAAGUUUAAGCGUAUUUAUUUAUUACAUCUACAACGUAUUACAUAAACUCUUGAUACUUCUGCUUACUACUACACGUAUACCAAACAAUUCAAACGGGCAUUUUCAAUUUUCACCUACAAGCACACGCGAAAACGAUGUCACGAUCAAUUUCAAUCUUAUCAACACUAUGCAUUGUACUGCUGUGCGUAAUGGUCAAUUGUGCACAUGUUCCAUAUGA